UAAAAAUCGAUUAUGUAUAAUCGAUUAUGAACAUCACUACUGUCAAACACUCAACUUUUCUCGGCUUCCCAAAAAUUCGGCCAUUUUGUGUUUGAACUUCUCUCCGUAUUCACGUCUUUACAAUGGCGGACGCAGCUCCUGCCGGUGGUCGUGGCGGUUUCCGCGGAGGCUUCGGGUCUCGGGGGGGCGACAGGGGGCGCGGGGGCCCGCGCGGACGCGGUCGCGGUCGCGGCCGUGGCCGUGGACGCGGCAAGGAAGACCAAAAGGAAUGGGUGCCAGUAACCAAGCUCGGUCGCUUAGUCCGUGAAGGAAAGAUCGACAAGCUCGAGAGCAUCUACCUGUUCUCUCUGCCCAUCAAAGAGUUCGAGAUCAUCGACUUCUUCCUGGGCCCGUCUCUGAACGAUGAGGUGCUCAAGAUCAUGCCGGUCCAGAAGCAGACCCGUGCUGGUCAGCGUACCCGCUUCAAGGCCUUCGUGGCUAUUGGGGACAACAACGGACACAUCGGUCUGGGUGUGAAGUGCAGCAAGGAAGUGGCCACGGCUAUCCGCGGUGCCAUCAUCCUCGCUAAGCUGUCCGUGCUGCCCGUCCGCAGAGGAUACUGGGGCAACAAGAUCGGCAAGCCCCACACCGUGCCUUGCAAGGUCACCGGCAAGUGUGGUUCCGUCACCGUGAGGCUGAUCCCAGCUCCUCGUGGUACCGGUAUCGUGUCUGCUCCAGUCCCCAAGAAGCUGCUGCAGAUGGCUGGAGUGCAGGACUGCUACACGUCAGCCCGAGGCUCCACCGGCACCCUGGGUAACUUCGCCAAGGCCACGUACGCUGCCAUCGCGAAGACCUACGCCUACCUGACCCCAGACUUGUGGAGGGACAUCCCGCUGACCAAGUCGCCGUACUCGGAGUUCAAAGCUUAAUUUUACUUCCAUGUUUGUUGAAACAUGAAAUAAAUGGCUGAAAAGU